AAAAAAGCAUUUCCCAAGAGAAAAAUGAGUUUUGGUAUUUACAAACACACCUUCAGGCACUCCAUUUCCCUCUCUCCGCUCACCUUCAUCAAGAUUUUGCAUUGGGCGUUUUCCGUUUGAGCUUUAAGAAACUACAGCAAUGGAGAUGGAGAAGAAAGAGAUGGCUUCUACAUCCUCCACUCCCAUUUCAAUUCCAGAGGCCUUCUUCCUCCACCUUAUCUCCGCCCUAGCCCUAGCCCUAGCUUUCUGGAUUGCUCAUUACAUCUUCUCUACCCAUCUCAUCUCCGAUCCUUCUCUUACUCUCUUCUUGAUUUUGGUACUUCUCUCAAUUCCCUUCAUUUUCAUCCUUCUUUUCCAUUCUACUCCCUGCAAUUUUCUUUCAUUUUUCUUCUUUCUCCCUCUCCAGGUCGUUCAAUCUCCCAUUGUGAUUCUUCUCUACAGCCGGUAUCGUACGGACCGACACCAAUGCUCGUACUUCAAAGCUGUGGCACGAGGAUUGCUUGGGCUCCCUGCUGGUGCUAUUAUUAAUGCUUUUGGAGCAAUAGUUCUAGGCGCUCCUAUUGGUGCUCAAUAUUUCUUGAAGACCCUUAACUGGUCACUUGUGAUGUCAUUGUUCAAUAUUGUGCCUUCAGCAUGUGUCUUCGGUUCAUCGUGGAUAGAUUGGCAGCGCCUAUUUGCUUACACAAAGCCAAUUGGAACUAUUGAUCACAUGAUAUGCAUCCCAGCACAUGGUGCCAUUAUUGGAGCGUGGUUUGGUGCAUGGCCCAUGCCACUUGAUUGGGAAAGGCCAUGGCAGGAAUGGCCAAUUUGCGUGACUUAUGGGGCAAUACUGGGCUACUCAAUUGCAAUGGCAGCAUCCUUGGUUCUCUCACACCAGAGGGGCUUGCAGCAUGUUAAAAGAGACUAACUACCCAGUAUUCUUUUCUAGGUAGAUUAGAAAAUUUCAAUCACACGAUGCUCCGUUUUAGAACUUCUAACCAUUCAUUUUCUUUUUAACAUCUAUCAAGACACAUGCGCUGUUUCUUUGCAGCCAUGUUACAAUACUGCACGAAAACCUCCUUUUUUCUCCCAAUGGGGACUUCUACAUGUGAAUUGUCUCUCAAUAUAAUAUGGUGUGCUAAAAUGUGUAGAUAUUUUUUUUCCUUUUA